AUGGUUUCUUUGCAGCUAAGUUUGCGAGUGUUUCCGUUAUUCGCAAUGGAGAAGGAUAGAGAAGAAGAAAAGGAUCACCGAAGUAAAGAUAGAGACCGUUCUAAGAGAAGCAGCGAUGAGGUCUUGAAAGAAAGGGAGAAAGAAUCCUCGGAAAAGGAUAGAGUGUCAAGCAGGGAGAGGAGGAAGGAUGACAGAGAUGAGCAUGGGAAGGACAGAAGUAAAGAUAGUAAGGUGAGGGAAAAAGAGAGAGAUUAUGACAGGGACAAGUAUAGAGAUAAAGAACAUGAGCGUGAGAGAGAGAAGGAUCGAGGAAAGGAAAAUGACAGGGAGAGGGAUAAAAAGUCUGAGAAGGAGAGGGGAAAGGAUAAAACUAGAGAUAGGGACAGAGAAAAGGAAAGAGACAAGGUGAAGGAAAGGGAAAAGGAGAGAGAGAAACUUAAGGAUCGAGAGAAGGAGAGGGAAGGUGAGCAGGAUAGAGAUCGAGAGAAGGGAAAGGAGAGAAGUAAACAGAAAAGUAGAGAGGAAGAUUACGAAGGAAAUAAAAAUGGAGAGCUAGCAUUAGAAUAUGAAGAGAGUAGGGAUAAGGAUGGAGUUGAUUUGAAUGCCUGAAGCAAUUCAGGUGUAUUGCAGGC